AUGGCGGUGGCCGGCGGUGGGCGGCCGGCGGGGAGGCCGGCGAGGGGGAAGCAGAUGCAGAGGACGAUCAACAACGUCAAGAUCACGCUCAUCUGCGGCUUCAUCACGUUGCUCGUCCUCCGCGGCACCGUCGGCAUCAACAUCCUCGCCUACGGCGUCGCCGGCUCCGACGCCGUGGCGGCUGCCGAGGAGGCCAGGGUCGUCGAGGACCUCGAGCGCAUCCUCCGCGAGAUCCGCUCCGACGCCGACGACGACGACGAGGAGGAGGAGGGUGGCGGCGUACACGCGUCGGCGACGACCAACUCGACGACGCCCACGGCGAGGAAGAGCUCGAACCACACCUACACGCUCGGCCCCAAGGUGACGCGCUGGAACGCCAAGCGCCGGCAAUGGCUGUCCCGGAACCCGGCGUUCCCGUCCCGCGACGCCCGGGGCAAGCCCAAGAUCCUGCUCGUCACCGGCUCGCAGCCGGCGCCGUGCGACGACGCCACCGGCGACCACUACCUGCUCAAGGCGACCAAGAACAAGAUUGACUACUGCCGCCUCCACGGCAUCGAGAUCGUCCACAACAUGGCGCACCUCGACCGCGAGCUCGCCGGCUACUGGGCCAAGCUGCCGCUGCUCCGCCGCCUGAUGCUGUCCCACCCGGAGGUGGAGUGGGUGUGGUGGAUGGACAGCGACGCGCUCUUCACCGACAUGGCCUUCGAGCUCCCGCUCGAGCGCUACGUGGCCAGCAACCUCGUCAUCCAUGGCUACCCGGAGCUCCUCUUCGGCAAGCGCUCCUGGGUCGCGCUCAACACCGGCAGCUUCCUCCUCCGCAACUGCCAGUGGUCGCUGGAGCUGCUCGACGCGUGGGCGCCCAUGGGGCCCAAAGGGCGCGUCCGCGACGAGGCCGGGAAGGUGCUGACGGCGAGCCUGACGGGGCGGCCGGCGUUCGAGGCCGACGACCAGUCGGCGCUGAUCCACCUGCUGCUGACGGAGAAGAAGCGGUGGAUGGGGAAGGUGUACGUGGAGGACAAGUACUUCCUCCAUGGCUUCUGGGCGGGGCUCGUCGACAAGUACGAGGAGAUGAUGGAGAAGCACCACCCGGGCCUCGGCGACGAGCGGUGGCCGUUCGUCACCCACUUCGUCGGCUGCAAGCCCUGCGGCAGCUUCGGCGACUACCCGCGGGACCGCUGCCUGAGCGGCAUGGAGCGCGCCUUCAACUUCGCCGACAACCAGGUGCUCCGGCUGUACGGAUUCCGGCACCGGUCGCUGGCGAGCGCCAGGGUCCGGCGGCUCGCCAACCGGACGAACAGCCCGCUCGUCAACAAGGAGGCCGCGCUCAAGAUGGACGCCAAGAUCGAAACCUGAAGAAAUUUGAGACUUUCUUGUACCCCCUUCUAAAUCAGGCACAGAUGUAAUCCAAUAUAUGUGUGAUCGAUCGAUCCCGCAAUUUUUUUUUCCUUUUUAUGUGUUUAUUGGAUUAAAUACACAU